UUAUUGGGUUGUGAGAAACAAAAACACCAUAAACAUAAAAUAGGUGAGGUGUUCUGUGACAGUUGUGUGAAAAAAUUAUGCUUUAAGGAAUUUCUUGAGUCAUAUAAGUGCACAGUUUUUCCUUUUUAAUUUAUCCGUAUAACUUACAAUAGAAAAACUGUUAGUUCAAUCAGUCUUAGCAAAGAAACAAUUUAAUGUUUGUCAUUGUAUAGGUCCAACGUUAUCCGGUAGUUGUCCUACGAGGAACCAUGCUUUAUGAAAAUUGUUGCACGAAAGAUGCUUCCACCCAGACAGAAGUUACUUUGUGUAAGAGAGCAAGAACAGAACAGAACUCAGAAAAAGAGACAGAACAUAACUCCUCACAGCGUACAUCACAUUUUUAUCAAACUUAUAAUAUUCCAGAAAGAUUUGACCAUCCAGACUGGUUUAAAGGAUAUGGGAAGAAGCAACACCCACUUUUCAAAACAACAUCAGCCGAGUAUGGAUCUCGUCCUCCGUCUGUUCACACUAUGCCUGUUUGUUUUUACGCCAAGAGCAAUAAAUUCUCUGAGAUUCUAAGCAAGUGUGGUAUGUACCGCAAUUACUCGCUGAACACGUACAAGUAAUCCAACAACACCCAUUAAACUAGUAGUUUCUAAGUUAGAUUGAUAUUUUAGGAAGAACUUCAUUUGAUCAUUGAUUUUAAUGUUCUAAAAUUUUGUCAUGAAAAUAUUAUGGAUACUGUAAUCAAAAGGGUUUGAAAGAAAGACAAGAAAUCUUUAGAAAACAGUUUUCUCUGAAUGUUUAUGUAUUGUAAGUAAAAAUCUGUUUCAAAUCAGUUAUAAUUGCCAUUAACAUCUCUUUUUUAAUAUACAAAUAUGGUUUCACUGCCAGUAAGUAAUCUUGUUACAGUACUGAAGUUUCAGAGUUAUCAUCAAAUGAGAUUUUGAUCUUUAUAAUAAACGUAAACCCAAACAACGUAAAGCUAGGAUUUACCCUACAAAAUCAAUAUUCAUUUUAAAAAGAUAGUGUACAAGCUUCAGAAAAUAAAUCAUGUUUAUAGAGAGGAUUUUUCCUUAUUAGUUAAAGAUGAGAUUUAACUGAACUUGUUAGAGGUUUCUAUGUCAUCAUGUACUUUAAAACAUACAAACUAAGAAUACAGAAUCAAACGUAAAGACAGAUUUCUCACAAGCUUGUUUUAAUUUUCAUAAACUAAAUCUUUCACUUUACAGUACAAACAAGUUAAACAUCAUUCAUUAAUAACUAAUAAAGUGAGAUGUACAGUAUACAAGAUGUGGUAGUUUAGUCUCUGUCAGUGUAACUGAGUUGUGGGUUUAAUUCCUGCCCAAUCUAAACUUUAUAAAACUAAACAAAAUGGCAUACCACCCUAUUAAAGUUACAAUAAAAAGUAUAUACUAUGUGUGAAUUCAAUACAAGGGACAGUCUCUUAUUACAUGUAUACUGUGUGAAUUAUACACUGCCUGUAGGAUAAGAUGCAGUGUGAAAAUUUAUCAGCACUUAGUAACAGUUUUAGGUCUAAUUGUGCUUAUACAAAAUAUCAAAUAAAAAAAUCCUUGAAAUAUU